AUGUGCUGGAAGCAAAAAUCGGCACAUCAAAAUGAAAUUUAUAAAGUUUUGAGCUCUUUUCUAGAUUUUAAUGAUACUCCAACGUAAUAAGAAUAUGAAAAUUUAUGUCGAUAUUCUAAGUAUAAAUUAUUUUACUCAAUAGUUAUUAUAAAUUGUAUAUUGUUCCUCAGUUAGAUAUUAAAAUUGCAUUUUUAUAGAGAAAAUAUGGCAUUAUUGUAUUCAUUAAUAAUUGCCAUAGUUAUUUUGCUUGCUCUUCUUAUUUGCCUUAAAAAGAUUUAAAGAUAUACUCCAUUACUAGCUCUUCUUCUUUAAAUUUGUAAUUUUGCUUUUAUAUUAGAGAAUUAUUUAAGUGAUUAAGGCUUUUCUGAAGAUAUAAGUCAAAUAUCAGCUAUCAUAUUUAUGCAUACUUUGCUUUCUAUUCUACUAUGCCUCUGCUUUAAUAAAUGGAUUUUGAGAUCAAUAUUUUUGCUUGCUAGUUGGGAAUAUAUGAUAUUCAGAUGCAAAAUUAUUGAAAGCAUUGAAUUGCCAUUUAUCCAGUUCUAAAUAGUUGUGGUUUCAGCUAUCUUAAUUUUAUACUUUUGUGAAUAACAUAUAAAGUAAUAAUUUGGAGAACUGUUUUAUGAAAGAGCUAACUUAAAAGAGCACAGUAGAAUACUUGAUGACCUUAUGCCCUCUUCCCUUCUUAUAUUGUAGAAAGGCCCAUUAGGAUUUUAAUGUAUAUUCAAAAAUUAGAAAUCAAAAAAUGAAUUUUUCAACAAGGAGAGUAAGGGUAAUUUAAUAGUAAAUAAAAUGCUUAAAGAAAUGACUAUUUGUAGAGAGAAUUAAAGCAAAAAUGAAUAAUCUCAAAGAGUUUUAAGUAGCAGUCCAAACAAUUAACAUUUUCAAAACCAAAUGUCUAAUCUCGUUAGCAGUGAUAUCGCUGCCUUUAACAGUGCUGGAAUCAGUACGUCUAAUCUUUUCUAAAAAUAAGCUGAAGAAAAUUAUUUAUGGAUGAAACAAAAUUAAAUUAAAAACUUAUACGAUUUGCUUUCUAUAAAGCACAAUUUCAGAAGUGUAAUAGACGAAAAGUAAGGAACUCUAUUCACAUACUAAGAUUAAUAUUAUGAUGUGAAAAUAGUGUGGAAGAAUUCAAGACAAAUUUUGGUACUUCUUAAUAAUAUCAGUGAAAAAAUAAAUGCUGAGAAACUUUAAGAAUUAGAUGAAUACAAAGACAAGCUAUUAGCUUCUGUUUGUCAUGAUAUAAAAACACCUGUUUGUUAAUUAAUUUAAUUCCUUAACUUUGCUUUAGAAAAAGGGGUUAAUAAGAUCCCUGAAGACUCUCGCAAUUUUAUAGAAAUCAGUUUAAAAACUACUGGCCUUCUGAUGUAUCUUAUAUCUGACAUUUUAGAUUACAGUUAAAUGAAGAAAAAAAUAUUCAGAUUAAGAAUUGACAAAUUUAAUCUUAGGGAUGUGCUCGAAGAAGUUAUUGAUUUAUUUAAAUUUCAAGCUGAAUAAAAAGGCUUGUAACUAUCACUGAAUUACAAAUAAGGGUGUUUUCUUGAUAUAAAAAAUAUAAUAGUUUUUAAUGAUUCUAACAGAAUAAAGCAAGUCUUAAUCAAUUUGAUUUCAAAUGCUUUAAAAUUCACUUAGUAAGGUCGGAUAAUUAUUAGUAUAUCAACUAUUGGCGAAAAUAGUAAUCUUAUAUCUAUCUCUGUAUAAGAUACAGGUAUAGGAAUGUCAGAAGAGAUAAAAGCUAAAUUAUUUUAGCAGUACAGCACCUUCAACCAGGAGGGAUUAAACAAAAAUGGUAUUGGUUUAGGUCUUAAUAACUGUAAAACUAUAGUUGGAGAGCUAGGGCCAACAAGCUAAUUUUAAGUUGAGAGCGUAUAAAAUGAAGGAUCUAUUUUUACUUUUCAAAUUUAUCAAAAUAAUAAUAAAUAUGCUGAAUAAAUCAAAGAAGAGGAGUAAGAAGAAGAGGAGGAAUAAUAGUUAUAACAUCAAUCAAUGAUGGAAAACUAACAAAACGAAUAAGAUAAAAAUGGAUAUGAGAAAUAGAAUUACUAAGAAAGUAUUCAACAUUAUGGAGAGGUAACACCAGCAACAUUGAAGAAUUUUAAAAAUCAUUCAGUUUCCUAUCAAACAUUUGAUGACUUGAAAUGUAGGGCAUUUUCUUAAAACAAUGAAUUAACAUCUAAUAUUAAGGAUAAGCGUUCUACAUUAUAACUUCAAGAAAACUCUAACUAAUCUGGAAAUAUUGUAAUUGAAGAAUAUCCUCCUUACUUACUUCCUAAUUAGUAUGAAAGUCCAGUUAAAAAACUUCACGGUGAGUAAAGGGUGACAUUAGAAAGUAGGAAAAGUCGUUUUAUUACUCGUUCUUCAGCUAAAUCUAACAUGCACGAAUCACAAGACCUUGACUCUUUCGGUUAAAUGAAUAUUUAGGAAUACUAAUUUGCCAAUCCUCCUCCAAAUUAAGUUUAUCCAUCUAUCCAUUUCUAGACGAGCUAAUUGAUAUCAUCUGUUAAACAAAUUGAAUAAAAGUUAAUUGAAAGAUCUCUUCCAUAAAAUAAAUAAAUUACUGACUCUUAAGAUAAUAAAAAUUCCUUUAUUUAAAAUUAUUCUAAAAAUUCUAAUAUAAUACUGCUUUAGCCAACAACAGAAGAAGCAUCAUAUAGUGACUAAUCAAGCAACUUAACAAUAAACACACAAUUUAAAUAGAGCUCGCCAAUAAAAAAUUAUUAAAAAAAGCAUUUGUUAAAUCACCAAUAAUAUUCAUUUAGCUUAGCAAGUACACCGAAAGAGAGAACAAGCUAAGGGUCUGAUGAAUUUAUAUAAGCAAAGAGUAUGCGUUUAAGCUUUGCUAACCUGAAGUUAAAGUAGUAUUAAAAGCCAAAUCCUUCAUUUCUUCGAUUUGGCAAAGAAAUCGAGUACAAGUAUAUAUAAAAUAGAUAAAAAUCUUCAAAAAGUGAGGCCUUAUAAUAGACGCAAAGCCCUACUUUACCGUUUUCCUAUAAAAAUAUAAAAGAAAAUAUUCCUUGUAAACCUAAACAUAAUAUUCUAAUAGUUGAUGAUAAUCAAUUUAACAUCCUAGCUUUAAAAUUGCUUAUCUCAGAAAAUGAAAAUAUCAUUGUUUAUCAAGCUGAAAAUGGUGAGUAAGCAGUAUAAAAAGCAAAAUAAAUGAAUUUUAAACUAAUAUUCAUGGAUAUGUAAAUGCCUAUUAUGGAUGGAUAAACAGCUUCAUAAAUAAUAAAGUAAGAUUUAAAAAUCGCCACUCCAAUUAUUAGUUUGACUGCAAACGAAUACACAAAUGAGGAAAAGAAGUAGCUAACAAUGUUUGAAGAUUUUUUAAAUAAACCUAUUCAAAAACAAAAAGUACAUGAAAUAUUAUAAAAAUAUAGGCUAAUAUGA